CAAAAUCCCAAAAACUAGCCGUUACUUCUUCCUCUGUUCUCUCGAAUGGCAGCUUCAGUGGAUACACCAUCACCUACCCACCUGAACCACAAGGCUACAAGCUUAUUCAUGGCUUCUUCUUCUUCUUCUCCUCUGUUCAGUCCCUCCUCAGAUAAGCGCUUUUGGAGCUCUCUCCGCAGCCGGAUCGACACUCUUCUCGACGAUCCCAGCUCCAAAAUCCCACCUGCCCAAGCCCAAAACCCACCAAAUGCUGAUCCCUCUCUACCAGUUCAAAUGAAUGUUGGAGGAUUGAAGCGUGCAAUAGCAACGAAAGAAGACUCGUUGCUUUUGAUGAGAGGCUUUGACUCCAUAGCUCACACUUUGUCGCAGCUGUCCAACACUUUAGAGACUGCUCUUCAGGGAGCCAACGAUCUAGCUAAGCCACCCACAUUAACUGAGAUAUUCCAUGGCCACCUCAACAAAUCUGAGAGUAAAGAGAAGGACUCAGAAGACCAGAAGAAUGCAGAAGAUCCCCAUGUAGGACUGAAAAGGAAGUUUGACAACAGCCAUUGCUCAGAGGAUCAAGGAGACGACUCAAAAAAGGAAAAUGAGCAAGACCCCAAAGAUGGGAAGCUGAAGAAAGCUAAAAAUCUUGCAAUUUCUAUGGCAACCAAAGCAACUUCGUUUGCCAGAGAACUGAAGUCGAUAAGGUCGGAUUUAUGCUUUAUGCAAGAGCGCUGUGCUCUGUUGGAGGAGGAGAACAGGAGGCUCCGAGAUGGAUUGGAUAAAGGGUUGAGGCCUGAGGAAGAUGAUCUGGUGAGGCUUCAAUUGGAGGCACUGCUAGCUGAGAAAUCAAGAUUAGCAAAUGAAAAUGCAAAUCUGGUUAGGGAAAACCAAUGCCUCAAUCAACUUGUGGAGUACCACCAGCUAACCUCCCAUGACCUCUCUGCGUCAUAUGAACAAGUUAUACAAGGGUUGUGCUUAGACUUCUCGUCUCCACCACGACCUAUAGCAGAAGAGGCAAAUGAAGAAGAUGGUGAAGAUGAUGGUGAUAAUGAAGUUUCUCAAACACCCCAAACCAAUCUUUUUGGAUUCUCUGCCCCUCUUGAUGAUGAUGUGUGUUCUCGCAAAGAUCAGUAGAACGGUUUUACAAUUUGUUUCUUUCUGAUUUGGAAUUAACGUUUACUGAUGUAAAUUUUGAGGCCAUAGUCUUACUGUUAAAGUAAGUUACUACUACUCAGCAACAAAUAUGGAUAUAGCAAUAUUGAUGUGCGUCUAUGAGAUUUCCAAUAAGCGAUCUCAA